GAAGGGAAGUCGUGGCGGCGGCGGAGGCGGCGGCAGCGGGGACAGCAGCGACGGCGGCGGCGGGGGCCGCAGGAGCCGUGGUGCUGUCAGUUAGGCCGUCGGAGAAAUGGGAGACCCGGCGUCGGAGAUAAUAGAGUCUGUCCCUCCAGCCGGGCCUGAGGCAUCUGAGGCAACAACGGAUGAAAACGAAGAUGACAUUCAGUUUGUCAGUGAAGGACCAUCAAAAAGUGUUCUUGAAUACUUUGAUUUGGUCUGUGGUGAUAAUGAAGAGCCUAGCACCUGUCAUAGUGAUAUUCUGUUCCCUAAAAUGCCAAAACGACAGGGAGAUUUUUUGCGUUUUUUAAAUGUGAAGAAGGUGAAAACAGACACAGAAAGUAAUAGCAAAAAUCGUUGUGGAUUGUCUAAGUCAAAGGAAUCAAAUUUCAAAUAUGUUGAACAGCCAAUCAUUGAAGAAAAUCCAUCAUGUUCAUCAAAGGAAGAAACAGAUAAUCUUGUGCUUCCAGAUUGUUGGAAUGAAAAACAAGCAUUUAUGUUUACAGAACAGUACAAAUGGCUUGAAAUAAAAGAAGGUAGAUUAGGAUGUAAGGAUUGUUCAACAGUUCGGCAUUUGGGAUCGAAAGCAGAAAAGCAUGUCCAUGUGUCCAAGGAAUGGAUUGCAUAUUUAGUAACCCCUAAUGGCAGUAAUAAAACUACUAGACAGGCUUCUCUGCGGAAAAAAAUUAGGGAACACGAUGUUUCUAAAGCCCAUGGUAAAAUUCAGGAUUUGUUAAAGGAAUCAGUUAAUGACUCAAUUUCUGAUUUAGUGCAUAAACAAAAUAAUAAAAAUAUUGAUGCCACAGUAAAAGUUUUCAAUACUGUUUACAGUUUAGUAAAACAUAAUAGACCUUUAUCUGAUAUUGAGGGGGCAAUAGAAUUACAAGAGAAAAAUGGAGAGGUCAACUGUUUAAAUACACGAUACAGUGCAACAAGAAUAGCAGAACAUAUUGCAAAAGAAAUGAAAAUGAAGAUAUUUAAGAAUAUUGUAGAAGAGAGUGCCAAAAUCUGCAUCAUAAUUGAUGAGGCAUCUACAGUUUCGAAGAAAAGCACUCUAGUGAUUUAUCUCCAGUGCACAGUUCAGUCGGCUCCUGCACCAGUUAUGUUAUUUGUUGCUUUAAAAGAAUUGGUGUCAACCUCAGCAGAGUGUAUUUUCAAUACAAUACUGAGUUCUUUAAAUGAUUGUGGCUUUACUAAUGAAUAUUUGAAAGCAAAUUUAAUUGCAUUUUGUUCUGAUGGUGCUAAUACAAUCCUGGGAAGAAAGUCUGGAGUAGCUACAAAGUUGUUAGAAAAUUUUCCCAGAAUCAUUAUUUGGAACUGUUUAAACUAUCGAUUGCAAUUGUCACUUGAUGAUUCAAUAUCUGAAAUAAAACAAGUUAAUCAUUUUAAACUAUUUCUUGAUAAAAUUUAUUCCAUUUAUCACCAGUCUAAUAAAAAUCAAAACAAGCUUUUAGAAACUGUAGCUAAAGAUCUUGAAAUUGAAAUUAUUAAAAUUGGACAGGUGAUGGGACCAAGAUGGGCGGCAUGUAGUUUACAAGCUGCUACUGCUGUAUGGCAUGCAUAUCCUGUAUUAUAUAUGCAUUUCUCUAAUUCUUACUCUGGUUUGGCAAAGAGAUUAGCUAACAUUCAUUUUUUGCAAGACCUUGCUUUAAUGAUUGACAUUCUUGAAGAAUUUUCACUACUUUCAACUGCAUUACAGUCCAGAUCAACUAACAUUCAGAAAGCACAAAAAUUGAUCAAACGUACCAUAAGAGCUUUGGAAAAUUUAAAAAUUGGUACUGGAAAGCAUGAGUCUCAAAUUGAAGGUUUGAUUAAGUCAGAUAAGUUUAAAGAUAUUCCAUUUAAUAAAAAUAAUAAAUACAAUGCUCUUCCUAGGAGUAUGUUAAUAGAAAAUAUAAUUGAACACAUGCAUUUACGUCUUGUAUCUGACAGAAACCAUGAUGAAAGUAUUUUUAAUUAUUUUGACUUGCUAGAACCUUCUACAUGGCCUUAUGAAGAAAUAACUUCACCAUGGAUAGCUGGUGAAAAAAAAUUAUUUCAUCUAUGUGAAAUUUUAAAGUACAAAAUUGAUUUGAAUGAUUUUCGGGAAUUUGUAAAUAAUAAUAUAAAAUCAAACAAUGUUUCGAUUCCUACAACUAUACAAAAAGCUAAAAAGAUAGUUAACACUAUUGCAAUCAAUAAUGCUGAAGCUGAAGGUUUCAAUUUAAUGAACAUAAUUUGUACAAGGGUGAGAAACAGUUUAACAAUAGAUCACAUAUCAGAUCUAAUGACAAUAAAUUUAUUAGGGAAGGAGUUAGCAGAUUGGGAUGCAACUCCGUUUGUAAAGUCCUGGUCAAAUUGUAACCAUAGGUUGGCUACAGAUACAAGAAUUAGGCAAAAAUCAACAAAAGCCUUCUAUGGGAAUCAGUUAGCUAUAUGGAAUUUACAAUAA